CCGAUCAUCAACGAUGGUGCGCUCGUACAGAAAGUACGAGGCUUCUCACUCGUUCGGCACAGUCUGCACCUCCACCGCGAAUACCCUCUGGACGCCAUCACCGAGCGCAAGCGCAAGUAGCACUUCUCGCUCCACAUCCGCCGGUUUAGCAUACACGCCCGCCAAUCAAUCUAUCCAGUGUUGGGAUCUCAAAACAAGCGCUCUCCUCUCCACCCUCACCGACACCACAAAUACUGCUCAGAGCGCUGUCACAGCCCUCGCGCAAUGCGCCGCUCAGCCAGAUGUCAUCGGUGCUGGAUAUAGCGAUGGCUCAAUCCGGAUAUGGGACGCUCUGAGUGGGCAGUUGGUUGUGAGAUUCGACGGACAUCGUAAUGCUGUUACACAUCUGGCUUUCGACCGGACUGGAGAAAGAGUCGUCAGCGGAAGUCGGGAUACAGAUGUGAUCAUAUGGGACCUUGUAGGGGAGACAGCGGAGGGAAAAUUAAGAGGUCACAAGGGCGAGAUAACGGGCUUAUCAUUCUUGUCCACCUCAACCGAAGAUUCUGGAGCCGAGAAGGGAGAGAGAUAUCUCUUGACAACGUCGAAAGAUGCGCUAGUAAAGAUCUGGGAUCUGGAGGGCAAGCAUUGUCUCGAAACACACGUCGCGCAAAGUCAUGGCGAAUGCUGGGCUUUGGGAGUGAGCUCGGACGGUGACGGUUGUAUCACCGCUGGAAACGAUGGCGAGCUCAGAGUAUGGAGCAUCAAUACCGAACAUCUUACUGCGUUGGACAGCCGAGCGCGGUCCGACAAUCGAGAGAAUGGAGAAGCAAAGAUACUGCAAAGCCGCGGCAUUCUCCGCCGACAAAACAUCAAAGACCGGACGAUCGACAUAAGUUUUCAUCCAAGGCAGUCCUACAUUGCGAUCCAUGGCUCCGAAAGGGCGGUCGAGAUUUGGAGAACCCGAGGCGAGGAUGAGCUUCAUAGACACAUGCAGCGAAAGCGUCGAAGGCGGCGUGAGAAAGCCGCUGCGUCUGGAGAAGUUCUUGCACCGGAGACCUCGGAGACGACAGAGACACCCGACGUGACUGACGUCUUCUUACCACAUGUUAUCGUGCGCACAGCUGGAAAGGUCCGAUCAGCCAGAUGGAUGGACGGCACGAGCAACAAAUCGACAAAAUCCCUGCAGCUCCUCGUUGCAAGUACGAACAAUUUGCUCGAGACGUAUACCGUCCAAACACAUGCUGCUUCGAAAUCAGCCGCCGAGUCAACCGCGGUAGACUACAGCCGGACUCUUUCCGUUGACCUUCCGGGCCACAGGGCUGACGUACGCACCCUAUGUCUCUCCUCUGACGAUCGCAUGCUGGCGAGCGCAUCUGCGGGACAGCUCAAGAUCUGGAACCUUCGAACCCGAUCCUGCAUUCGUACACUCGAAUGCGGCCAAGCGCUCUGUUCCGCUUUCCUCCCAGGUGACAGGAUUGUAUUGGUAGGGACGAAGAGUGGCGACUUGGAACUCUACGACCUCUCCACCAGCACCUUGAUCGAAAGCAUUCCGGCUCAUGAUGGUCAAGCCAUCUGGACGCUCGCCGUACACCCCGACGGACAAAGCGUAGUGACUGGAUCGGCUGAUAAAAGUGUCAAGUUCUGGCGCUUUGAUGUGGCCGAAGAAGAAAUUCCUGGUACCCGACGAACGACGCAACGACUGAAACUCACGCAGAACCGCCAGCUUAAACUGUCGGAUGACAUACUGAGCCUUGCAUUCUCACCUGACCAACGGCUACUGGCUGUCAGCACGCUCGACAAUACUGUGAAGAUCUUCUUUGUGGACUCACUGAAACUGUUCCUCACUCUCUACGGCCACAAGCUACCAGUCCUUGACAUGAGCAUCAGCUCCGACAGCAAAUUGAUCGCCACGUGCAGUGCCGACAAAAACAUCCGAGUCUGGGGCUUAGACUUUGGCGACUGUCACAAAGCGUUCUUUGCGCAUGAGGACAGCGUGAUGUCUGUCAAUUUCGUUCCUCACCCGGUCGAGCAGGACGAGAGAUAUAUACUAUUCUCUGCGAGCAAGGACGGGAUGGUGAAGACUUGGGAUGCGCAGAAGUUCGAGCAGGUGCAGCGGCUCGAGGGGCACAAAGGAGAAAUCUGGGCCAUGGCGGUGAGCCGGACGGGUGAGAUGGUGGUCACGGCUAGUCACGACAAGAGUCUACGCUUGUGGGAAGUGGGCGAUGACCUGGUCUUUCUCGAAGAAGAACGAGAAAGGGAGCUGGAGAGGAUGUACGAAAGAGACAUGGCCGACAAUCUGGACCGCGACUAUCGUGAAGGCGAGCAGAACGGAGAUGCAGAUGAAUUAGCAGCCGCCAGCAAGCAAACGGUCGACACCCUCACACACGGCGAGAAAGUGAUGGAGGCGCUGGAGCUCGGCAUGGCAGAUCUGGACAUCGUGCGAGCACACGAGCGCGAGAAGGCGAAGAAUCCCAGGGCUGCCCCUCCGCAACGCAACCCGCUCUUCCUCGCCCUGGGCAACAUCAGCGCCGAACAGCACGUGCUCAACACGCUGCGGAAAAUCCCCACGCCCGCUCUCAACGACGCCCUGCUCGUUCUGCCUUUCAGCAGUCUUCCGGCCGUCUUCACCUUCCUCGCUAUCCUCAUGCGGAAGCGCAUGCAGCCGGAACUGAGCUGGCGGAUUGCGUACUUUUUGCUGCAGGUGCAUAUGAAGCAGAUUGUGGCUAGCCGGCAGUUGAAGCCGCUGUUGGAGGAGGUGCUGGAGGGGUAUGAGCAGUGGCAGGAGGGAGAGAGAGGAGUGCUGGGAUUCAAUCUGGCUGGGUUGACGUUGCUGGGGCGAGAGGCGGCGGAGAUGCAGAAGGGGAAUGGGUAUUUGGAUGAUGUGGAUGGAGAGGAGGAUGCUGCGACAGGGAAGGGAAGCAGGAAAAGGGCUUUUGGUAAUCUUGCGUAGGACUUUCAGAGACCAGUAGAGACUCUGCCAAAAUACCGUCCUGAGGCCCCUUGCAUAUAUCACACCUGUGCGAACAAUCUCUCGCUUUUCAAGGUCUUGAAACUUUGUAAUUGAAGAACGGACGAAGCUGCAUCGCGCGUGCGUGCGAUGCAUUCCGGCAUCGUCAAUGCGGCUUAGUCAGGGGCAAACGCGAAACUU